UGAGGCGCAUAUGGAUCCGCGGUCUUGUAACUCCAGUGGUCCUGCUAUUGAGAUUGAGAUAGAGAAACCUGCUGACGAAUUUACGGGACGGCAGACACCUUCUGCAAACCAGCCCAUUGCACAAUCUCCUCAGGCUGGACCCUCAACAGAAGUGAUGGACGAAUCUGUGGAUUCAAUGCCGCCAGUACCUCCAUACGGAAAGGACAGCCAUUUUUACCGCUUCAGACGACGUACAGGGACGCUGGCUGUGACUGAUCUCAGCGCGCCUUCCUGGUGCGAGGUGCAGUUUGAAUAUGGUCUACUGCAGAAGCGAAGUAGAAAGCUCGAUCAGAGGCCUGCAUCUUUUGCGACGACCACAGGCAAGGUUAUCUACGUUGACCAACAAGCGGCGAAAACGAUGGACAAGAUAGCGAAACGGGGUGCUUCGGUGCACAAGGCUCUGGAGAGGGAGAUCCAUCCCGAGAAGAUACCUAUCGAAGUGAAGACGGAGGAAGAACGAUGGGCCUUACGCAUAUUGCAAAUGAUUGAGUCUGUACAGUCCCUCAUCGAGAUUGGCAAAUGCAGGGAAAUGCCGGUUUUUGGUAUCCUUCAAGGUCAAGUCGUUGUGGGCAUUAUCGACGAGAUUCAGCGACGCCCAUUUAAAGAGCCAUCCUCGACCCCAUCAUCUCCAGACUCCGAAGGCAACGAUCGCAAGCGUGAGAGGCCUGAUGCGAGCCUGCCAUCAACGCCCUCGAAAUCUAAAUCGAAGAAAGUGCGUUGCAGUUUGUCGCCGUCCCAGCCUUCAGUUACGGCCUUCUUCUCUCCCCGAAAAGGUGCCGCCGACCACUGCAGACCUGCUACACCCGUCACUUUGUCCCCGCCUCUGCCACAGUAUAAACUCCAUGUGAUGGACACAAAGAGCCGAAACACACCUACCUUGCCACCGGAAGAAGACAUGCUGCCGGCUCGGCUUCAGCUUAUGUUCUACCAUAGGCUCCUCUCCAGUGCAACGGCCAAACCUGCAACUUCUGCCCAUGGCGUUGGCUUCGACACGGUCUGGGCUCAGUUGAAUCUGUCACCGAUUCGGCCAUUCUCGAAGCAGUUCACGGAAGAAGCUGGUCUAGACGAUAACGACGUGAAAUGCCUGGUGGAUGUCGUGCGCAUGUGGCAAAAUACGGUCGAGAUGCUCCACAUCAAGGGUGUGGACGACACUUUGACGAUCAUAUACCGAACUCAAGCUCGCCGGCGGAAGAGCUUCAAAGGCAAGGCAAGAGCCCAACCGGUGCAGGACAGCGUUUCUGGCAAGCAGCAAGGGCAGUACCAGCUCUUGCGAGACAUAAUGGCCAAUGUGGCCGUCAUGGAUCCACUGACGCCUCAGGUACAAGAGCGGCUCCUCCAGCUGGGUAUGGCAGCUCUGAAGGGCUCAGCUGUUUCUGGCGCUCGAGCAGAUAAACCGGAGCGCAAGUCUCCUCGAGUAGAGGAUGUACCGGGGACGGCUGAACAGGCGGUUCUUGACGAGUUGCGGAGCCAUCCGAAGAUGAAGGCGUCAACCUCUGUGCCUGGUGCAAUGAACCCCGGUGUUCCCGACGCUACCAUUGUCCCAGAAGCGGAUUCAAACCCUGGAGACGACAUCAUUGGAAUCAAGAACUUUGUUGUUGACAACGACUUCCUUGAUAAGUAUCUCACCAGUAUACUCCAAUUCUGGUACGGUAAGCGUCCACCUCAGGGCGUGGACAUCAAUUUGACGAGACGGUGCUCAUGGUGCGAAUAUCGAGAUGGGUGUGAGUGGAGGGAGAUGAAAGCGGAGGAGGCUGAGAGCCACCGUAAGGCAGAGAGCGAGAACAGCGUCUGAACGUUAAUUACCUGUGAUUUGCUACGUGCUCUUCGCCAUCAAUUG